ACACUAUAAUAUAUUUUUUCUAUUAAGAAUGUUUGAGGAUACGCUUCUUAUUAUCAAGCCGGACUAUAUGCAUAAGCGACGCCCGGUGCUGCUAAAGCUAUUAUCCUGUGGAUUUCAGAUACAGGGAAAUCGAAAGUUGAACUUUUCGCCGGAGCUGGCUGCAGAGUUUUAUGCAGACUUUGCAGACGAGAAGGGCUUUAUGCUAGAGGUUAUCCUGUUGUCUAAGGGCAUUUCUGAGGCCUUCAUACUAACCAAAGAGAACGGAGUACAGGAGCUACUAAAUAUUAUGAUAUGUUACUUCGGGUCAGCCUCGGAGCUAGAGCGUAACAUCCAUGUGACCAAGCAUUACUCUAGCGUGGCCCGCGAGAUAACCUUUAUAUUUCCCAACUAUAUACACGAACCCAUUGAACUUUUUGAUAAGAAUCGGUUUUGUAAUCGUCCCAUGCUGAAGCCGCUGAUUGCGGAAGUUUACGCUAUUAUGCAGAACGUUGACUGUAGCCAGGAUGAUUGGAAGGCGCGUGUGUCAGACUACUUGAUACGCAGUAAUCCAGUCGUGCCACAGAUCACCAAUCAGUGCCAGCUAGUACCCGAUCUGGGUAUGCAAGAGAGAUCGCAACAGACGACCAUCACAUACAAAUCACCAGACAAGGGCGCCAAACCCAAAGAGAAGACUUCGAGCACCACCUCAGUGCUUUCCAGCAGCUCACCGCACUCCUCCAUGCUGUUAACCACAUCUUCCUGUGUGACUUGUGGUGGUUUCGAUCACACCGAGCCAUGCGUGUCUGAGAUAGAUCUGAACAAGCGAGUGGAGCCGCAAAGCGAUGAGCCCGUGUGCGUCGAUGAGGAGAUUGUUUGGAAGGAGAUCAUUGUGUAUGAAGAGGUUGUGCCUGAGGAAGAACCGGAACCGAAGGAAUUCGAUGAUAUGUUUGGUGACGAGGAACAUCUGGAGGUAGAAAAGGGCAGUUCGCUGUCCGAGUGUUUAGACCCCGAAGCCGCACGCCCACCGAUUGAAGAAAAUGACCUGGAUCAGGAAGCUGCAGCCGAUCGAGCUCCAUUAUUAGAAAGUGCUCCAGCAGACGAUGCAGGUCAGGCUCCGCCAGCUGAAGAAGCGCCACCAGCACCUGAAGAGGCGCCACCAGCACCUGAAGAGGCGCCACCAGCUGCUGAAGAGGCACCGCCUGCUGCUGAAGAGGCGCCGCCUGCUGCUGAAGAGCCACCAGCGGAAGCAGCGGAUUAAUUAACACCUGUUGCCUGCGCUGUUUAUAUGAUUUGCCAAACACUGUGUUCUCAUAGCUUCUCUAAAAAGAAAACAAAAUUGGUGGUGUACAGAAAAAAGGACAAACAACCCAAGCUACACGAACAACCCAACCAUAUGCAAUGUCCCACAUUCGCCCAAUUUGGCUGGACGCCACCCACAGGUACUGCACUGCGCACUCGCCGUGGCCAUGCUGGAGGCAACACGGCCUGCACUUUUCACUCACCAGCAUUGCACUCACACUCGCAACGGCAACGGCGACUGUGGCAGUGGCAAAGUGGCAGUGCAACAGGAAGAGCAGCAGCGGCAGCAGUAGCAGAAGCAGCAACACAUCGUUCGCGCCAUCAUUUUUUUCCGUAAGUUUUUUUUCGUCCUGCCCACAUUUUUUAGUGUUCAAUAAAAG